AUGGUGGCGGUGUCUGCUCCUCCGCAGAGGGCAGAAAGCUUCCGCGGAUCCGGCCUCGCCGUAGUGCGAGCUCAUUCGGCACCUGGUGCCUUUGCACACGAGGCUGAGCAGCACGGUGACAGUACAGGCGCUAUUGAGCCCCAGGAUAUCACUGACAUCCCAGCUGGACCAGGCGGAAAAGAGCACGGCAUCGGCACGCAAGGCUUCAUCGCUACUUUUAGCAGCUUGUACGCGUCCUUUCCGCUCAAACUGCUCCAUCCCCGAGUCAGCUCGCAAGAUGCUUCACGUUGGGUACAUGCAAAGCGAAUUCGAAGCGCAAAGCAGUCAGCGCAAAGCCCACGACCAAAGGCGGUGGCUGCCCUGUAUGUUGUCUCCUACGGGGGCGGGCUAGUCAGCGGUGACGAAGUGCUUCUCGAUGUGGAUGUCGGCCAAGGCUGUGCGCUGAUCAUGCUAACUCAAGGUAGCACCAAAGUGUUUCGGAUGAGGUCAGCCACUCUUGGCGUCCAAAGGCGACCCAAUAUCGAACAAGCGUCCACCUUGUUAUCGAAUGGCCAGCAUGCUGGCUCACCGCCCUCGACUCGGCAAGUCAUGCGGCAUCUUGUCAGACCAAACGCGACCUUGGUUCUUCUACCGGAUCCGGUCACUUGUUUCGCUGGGGCGCGCUAUACACAAGUACAGCGUUUCGACCUGCGUUGCGCCGACACAAGCUCACUGGUGAUGCUGGAUUGGUUCACGCCUGGGCGUGUCUACCUCGCUACCGGUUCUGCACACUCUACUGCCAAUGCGCAUGGGACAGCUUCGGCGUCGAAUCCCAACGUGGAAUCCUUGCCAGCGAAGAGGUCUGAAUUGUGGGCUUUUGACUCUUACAGAAGUCGCAACGAGUUGCGCGUAGCAGGUCGGCUGUUUGCACGGGAUGUAAUGUUGCUGGAGCAGUCCAGCCUGACGCAACUGUCGCAAGGUGGACAACCCACACGAGGCGCUGCGCCAGGCUUGCGUCACUUUCUGGAUGCCAUGAACGGCGGCCCGGCGCAUCAGCGCUUGGGCACGAACACGCGCAACGACGCAACAGUGCCUCUCUCCGUCAGGUGUCAUCCUUACACCACCUAUGUCACACUCUUGCUCGUCGGGCCUGAUUGCGAGCAGGCGAUACAUCAUCUCAAGGCGGCAUUUGCAAAGAUUGAGCAAGGCGUCUUGCCAGCAAGCAAGCAGCCUGAUGAUCUGAUCUGGAGUCUGAGCGAGCUGCAUUGCGAGCCUCAACAGUCUGACCUUGGAAAGCGGUCGCCACUGCGAGGCGCUAUCGUCAGGGUAGCUGGCAAAGAGACACAGACCGUCAGGGCGUGGCUCGCAAAGCAUCUGCAGUCGAUGGUGGAUGUGGUCGGUCCUGAUCUGUACCGCCAAGCUUUGGGCGAAGUGGACGACGAUGCCGCCAAUAGAUGA